AUGGGGGACCUUGACCCAUUCGAGGGAGAUGUGAGCAUGUUCGCCGAUCUCAUCGCCUUCAAUGGAGUUCAGGACGCCCAUCAAGGCAGUUCACUGUUCGACCCUGCCACUACCUUGCCGACAGAAACCUCCUCCAAUCCAUAUCAGGUCGCCGCGAAGGACUCAAAUGACGGCCAGCUUGCAACAGCCCCCAACCCCACAUCCUUGCCCGCCGAUAACAUCCAGUCCAACCCGGCACCAGAGAGUACAGCUGGCGAUGAUGGUGGUCAAUCGAAGAAAAGGCGCCGGAGCCGAAAUUCGCCUGAGCCAGAUUACUCAGAAAUGAUCGUCCAGAUCAACAAGAAGCGCAAGCGAACCGGACAGGCCUGUGACCGGUGUAAGAUCCGGCAGUUCAAGUGUGACCCAGGCCGUGCCGGCUGUGGAAGCUGUCUUAACGCCGGGCUCGAUUGUAAGUUGACGGAUUCUGUUACGGGAGAAACUUACGUUCGUGGUGCUUCCGGUCGAAUGACCGCUGAGAUUGAGGGGCUGAGGGGCCAUUUUGCGGCUCUACAACAGGAAAACAACGAUCUCAAGCGAGCGAAUGAGCCACGACUGGACCUACGCGCCACGAAUCAUCUCCCUACUCCCGACUUCCUACAAAUUGUUGCUCUGCAACAAGCUAACGACAAGCUGCGACAGAAGAAUCGAAUGCUCCGCGAGGAUAUACGUGCGCUUAACACACUGGUCGAGGAACAGGAAGAGUUGCUCCGUCUGACGGAAGACGUGCUAUUGGUCGACAAGAAGGUUAAUCAGAUGCUCUAG